CUCAAGCUUUUUGAGUGUUUGUGUUUAUAUAUGCAUACAACACAAGAAUUGAUACUAAAGAUUGACAAUUCAUUCAGCCUUCUGGUUCAUUGCUUGAAGAUCAGAAAUGUUGGACAGCGGAAAGUCAACUUCUAUUAUGAGUUCACUUUCAUCCUUGUUGCUGAAAGCAUGGAAUGAAUGGGAUGUUAGGGGAAUGAUUCUUUUGAGUCUACUUUUACAAAUCAUCCUCUCUUUCCUAGGCAACCGCAGGAAGUACGCAAAAAAUCAGUUCACUAGAAUUGUUCUAUGGUUUGCCUACUUAAGUGCAGACUGGGUUGCUAUUGCUACUUUGGGCAAGCUUUCUAUUUCCUGUCCAGGAUCUCCCACCACCAACAUUUUGCGAGCAUUUUGGGCUCCCUUACUCAUACUACAUCUUGGUGGUCCUGACACCAUCACGGCAUAUGCCUAUGAAGAUAACAAACUCCGGAUUAGACACCUCCUCAUUCUUGUUGUCAAAGUCGUUUUGGCCAUCUAUGUUAUUGCUUUGUCAUGGACCCAUUCUUGGCUGUCAUUUUUUACUCUCCCCCUCAUCAAAGCUGGAAUUGCUAAAUAUGCAGAAAGGAUAUUGUGUCUAAAGCUCAAUAAUUCAAAGAAAACAGAACCAAUCUUUUCCUUCCUUAAUUUUUCUCAAUCCCAACUCAGUUUUUAUGAGUCUCAACCUACCUUUAAACUUUUUCUAAGAGAAAACGCAGAUGUGUUUAUGGCCUAUUUCGCUUUUUCAGUGCUGAGACCAGAUGUCAAUAAUUACCUAUCCUAUAGUCUUUCCACUGCCAAAACAAGGAUAGAAACAUGUCUUGUGGAAAUGUUCGGUCCAGAUUGGCUAAAUGCUGCGGUUGGUUUUCCAAUCGAUUAUUUUUCAGAAAACGCAAAUGACUUAGGAACAGCUACUGCUGAAUUGGGGUUGAUAUUUGACUUUGUUUACACCAAGUCUGCUUUGAUUUACACUAAGACAGGAUGCUUCCUCCGCCUAACCAGCUUCGCUUGCUCUUUUUCGGUUCUGCUGCUCUUCUUGAUCAGCAUCAUGAACGAGUCGAAAUUCCAUUUCUCAAGCGUUGAUAUUUACAUAACGAGCAUCUUGUUGGGUGGAGCUAUUGCUUUGGAGCUUUAUGCAGCAUGGAUGAUGUUUUCUUCUGAUUGGGCAAUCCUUGUUGCUGCACUUCAUCAUAAUGCGUUGAAAAAUGUUUGUGUUAAUGUGGAUAAAGCAGCAGCUCCUGUUCUUCUCGAUGGAGCUGUGGCGGGAAAAAAGGCUGCUGUUCCCAAACCGGCUCAGAAAAAGGUGGUUAUCAAGCCAAAGGCAACGGCAGUAAUUGAAAUUAGUCCUAAUGCAGAAGAUGAGGUUGAGGAUAAGAAGCAAGAGAAGGAGAAACAAGAGAAGGUGAACAACAAAAAGGAAGGAGAAGGAUCAUCCAAGAAGAAAGCUCCCACUCUUACUUCAGUCCUUACUGCUCGAAGCAAGGCUGCUUGUGGCAUUACAAAGAAACCAAAGGAGGAGAUUGUUGAUAUUGAUGCAGCAGAUGCUGGCAAUGACUUAGCUGGGGUGGAAUAUGUUGAAGACAUUUACAAAUUCUACAAGUCCGUUGAGAAUGAAAGCAGGCCUACUGACUACAUUCAUCUGCAAACAGACAUGAAUGAGAAAAUGAGAGCCAUUCUUGUUGAUUGGCUGGUUGAUGUCCAUCUCAAGUUUGAGCUUUCCCCUGAAACCCUCUAUCUCACCAUCAACAUAGUCGACCGGUUCCUCUCUGUUAAGAUUGUGCCUAGGAGGGAAUUGCAACUGGUUGGUGUGGGUGCCAUGCUUAUGGCCUCAAAAUAUGAAGAAAUCUGGGCCCCGGAGGUAAAUGAUUUGGUGUGUAUAGCAGAUAGAGCAUACACUCAUCAACAGAUACUGGUCAUGGAGAAAACAAUACUGGGAAAACUGGAAUGGACCUUGACAGUUCCCACACAUUAUGUGUUCCUUGUUCGUUUCCUCAAGGCAUCCAUUCCCGACGAGAAGAAGAUAGAAAACAUGGUUUUCUUCCUGGCUGAGUUGGGUCUGAUGCAGUAUGAGACCAUAAUGUUCUGCCCGUCAAUGGUUGCUGCCUCAGCAGUCUACGCAGCGCGAUGUACUCUGUCCCUGAAGCCUGCCUGGACUGACACCCUUAAGCAUCAUACUGGUUACUCAGAAGCACAACUGAUGGAUUGUGCUAAGCUGCUGGCAUACUUCCACUCGAAGGCUGCAGAAAACAGGCUUCAGGCCGUGCAUAGGAAGUACUCAAGUCCUAUACGAGGAGCUGUCGCUUUGCUGAAACCAGCUCAGUCUCUAAUGUCUCCUGAUGCUGUGAAGAGCACAGCUUAGUUUCUUUGGAAUCAUUAUUUUGUAGUAAACAGUCACAAAGAAAUCCUACCCUGUGAUUUGAUUUGCAAUGGAGAAAGCGAAAGGAAAACACCUUUCUGUGUAGUGUCUCCUACUGGGGAAUUAUUAAAUUCAUUCUCGUUUA